GUUGGAUACAGAUACUUCUUUCGUAACAGUCGUUCUCUUUUUCUACAACUCUACUGAAGACAUGGGUUAGGGUUUCCGCGUCGGCUAGUUUGGACGCAUGGCUGCUGCAGGAGAGUAGAGACCACAGCGCGCGAGGCGAGGAGAAUAAGCUAUGGGCGCGCCGAAGCAGAAAUGGACGUCGGAAGAGGAGGAUGCGCUCCGCGCCGGCGUGCGCAAGCACGGCGCCGGCAAAUGGCGGACCAUCCAGAAGGACCCCGAGUUCAGCCCGGUCCUCUCCUCCCGCUCCAACAUCGACCUCAAGGACAAAUGGAGGAAUUUAAGUUUCAGUGCAAGUGGACUGGGAUCAAGUAAACUGCGGGUUCCAAAGAUAACUGGACCCUCAUCUUCCCCAUCAUCUAGCUCGCAGCCUCUGCUUCUCCCAGCGGCAAACAAAUUUACUGAAGCUACACUGCCUGCAGAUGCUGAGAAAAAGCCACAGGAUGGGAAAACUCUGCCAAAGUAUGGUGCCAUGAUCAUGGAAGCUCUUUUGGAAUUGAAUGAGCCGAAUGGUUCAGAUAUUGCUGCAAUCUUCGGCUUCAUAGAGCAAAGGUAUGCGGUACAACCGACCUUCAGAAGAUUUCUAGCCUCAAAGUUACGGCGACUUGCAGACUCAAACAAAAUUGAAAAGAUCGAUAAGUCCUAUAGGCUCCCAGACUCCCUUGCAACAAGGACUCCAGCUCCAAUGAAUGCUUCAGCUCCAAAACAGAAGGAUCCAUCAAAGCCAUCGAAGGUGUCAAAGGCCAUAGGAUUGUUUUCUGCCUCCAGCCCUGCACUAGAGGCUGCGAUGGCAGCUGCUGUCAAGGUGGCUGACGCGGAGGCAAAAGCACAUGAUGCGCAUGAUCAGACGAUGGAGGCAGAAAGGAUCUUCAAGAUGGCCGAGGAUACCGAGUCUCUCCUCAUAAUUGCAGCAGAGAUCUAUGAUCGAUGUUCAAGGGGAGAGAUAACCACGUUAGUUCCAGUGGCACAAAGGGAGAUUUGAGAUCUAUUGGAGUCUCUCUUGUGUUGUUUGUUGUACAUGGAUAGGUUCUGGAAUCCAGUGGCCCGGAUUGCUCCUGUUGUAUGAUGUAACCGUUUGUGUUAUACUGUCUCCGUUCUUCGAUAUUUAUCGUAUCCUAGUUCAUUUUUAAAAU